AACUUCAUGUCUCUUUUUCUGUUAUAUUGAAGUUUACAUUUGUUAUCUAUUUCGAAUGCAAUUGUUGGAAAGUUUGCAGGGGUUGAUGUUAAACAAGGAAGGGUAUGCUUCUAUAGGAGGUGGUUCACCCUUGCGUAAGAUGACAGAUGAGCAGGCAAAUGCACUUAAAAUGGCUUUGGAAUCAAAGGACAUGCCGGUGAAUGUCUAUGUGGGAAUGCGGUACUGGUUCCCGUUCACUGAGGAAGUUUUUCAUCAAAUUAAGAGGGACAGAAUAACCAGAUUAAGAGGGACAAAAUAACCAAGCU